AUGUUAGAUGAACAGGCUAUCAUAGCCUGCACUGGGCAAACCAUGGUUGCAGAUGCCAAAUUGAUCAAAGAAGCAGAAAUGAAAUUGUUUGAAUUUCAAAAAGAAGCUGGUUUUACCUUUUUAUUAUUAAAGAUCGUCUCUAAUGUUGAAGUUCCAUUAAACAUUCGAAUGUCAUGUGCCAUUUAUUUUAAGAAUAAAGUAUUUAGAUCAUGGGUUAAUUAUGAUAGUACUAGCCAACCUGUUAGUGCAGAUGAUAUUAAUCCUGAAGAACAGCAGAUGAUAAAGGAUAAUAUAAUUCAAAUUAUUGUCAAUAAUGUGAACGAUAAUCAUAUUACACCUCAUUUAACUGAGGCGUUGUAUAAUAUUUUAAUUAGAUGUAAAGAAUGGGAUUUAACAGGACCUAUUUCUGAAUUAUUAAACAGUGGGAAACAUGAUUAUAUAUAUGCUGGGUUAUUGGUUGUCUUUGAAAUUUGUAAAGUUCAUAGAUAUGACCUUUGUGAGAAGAGAGAGUUCUUUGAUAAAUUUAUUUCCAAUGUAUUUCCAACUAUUGAAGGUUUACUUUCUGAAUUAGUUAAUCAAACGGAUUUCAAAUCAAGUGAAUUAUUAUAUUUAAUCCUAAAGAGUUUCAAGUAUGCUUGCUUGAAUAAUUUCCCUGCUUAUUUCAAUGACAUCUCUAAAUUGGAUUCAUGGGUUCAAUUACAUUUAUUUAUUUGUGCUAAACCUGCACCAAAAGAAGUCUUGGAGAUUGACGUAUCUGAUAGAUCUUUGGAUAAGAGAGUUAAAGUCAAUAAAUGGGGGUUUGGUAAUUUAAACAGAUUUAUUCAUAGGUAUACUAAAGUCACCAAACAUGUUAGUGAACAAUUUAUUGCAAAUGUUUUCUCUAAUGUGGUUCCAAGAAUAUUACAAGAAUAUUUUAAUAUUAUGAACACAUGGAGUCAAAAAUCUUUAUGGUUAAGUGAUGCAUCUUUAUAUCAUUUAAUUAGAUUCCUUGAAAAAUGUUUAAGCACCGAUGGCUUAUAUCCAUUAAUUGAACCUCAUUUAGAGGCAAUCUUUAAGUCUUUAAUAUUUACAUGUUUAUGUGCAAACGCAGAAGUAGCAGAAUUAUUCGAAAUUGAUCCAGAAGAUUACACUAGACGUUAUUUUGAUUUUAAUAAAGAAGGGUCAACAGCGGAUGUUGCCUCAGUUGAUUUUAUUGCUCGUACAGGUACGGGUCGUCCAGAACAAUUAUCUGUAGUUCUUCCAUUUGUUAAUGAUAUCUUCAAUCAAUUUGUUCAAACUCCAGACAAUGUUGAAGUUGCUUAUAAACAAGAAGGUGCUAUGAGAUCAAUUUCUUCAUUGUUUAUCUUUUUUGAGGGUAAUCCAACUGAGUUAGAAGGUAUUUUCACUCACUAUAUCAUCAAUAUUCUUUCUCAAACAAAAUAUCCAUUUUUAAUAGCUAGAGCUUUAGCUACAGUAUCAGAUUUUCAAGCAGAAUUUCAAAAUAUGGAAACUUUAUCUAAAAUAUAUGAAUUGGCUUAUAAACAUUUGAUGGAGACUGACAUUUUACCUAUUCAAAUUGAAGCAGCAGAUGCAUUGAGGACAUUAAUUAUUUCAAACCCAAGCAUUCGUAGUCAUAUUUCUGGUCAAGUUCCUGGUAUUGUUGAAAAAUUAUUAAAAUUAUCAAAAGAAUUUGAAAUUGAUAUUUUAGCUGAAGUUAUGGAAUCAUUUGUUGAAAAUUUUGCUGAUGAAUUAACUCCAUUUGCCAAGGAUCUUGGUAGAAGUCUUGCGGAACAAUAUUUAAGAUUAGGUCAAACUAUGAUUGAAACAAGUUCAGACAGUUUUUUUGAUCAAGAUCAAGAGAUGCAAGCAAGUUCUUUAUUACAAACAAUGACAACAAUGGCAAUGUCAAUGAAUAAAGUUUCAUUAGAAGAUGAAUUUAUUCCAGUUUGUAAAUUCAUUAUUCAAAAUGCACAAAUUAUUUUAUUAACUGAAGUAGUUGAUUUAAUGGAUGCAUUAACACUAUCAUCAAGAAAUUUAAAUGGUGGUAUAAUUUCUGAAAAUAUUUGGAAUUUAUUUGGUGAAGUACUUGAAUCAUUUGAAAUAUAUUCAAUGGAUUAUUUUGAAGCAUUUAAUAUAUUUUUUGAAACUAUUGUUCUUCAUGGAUUUCCAACAAAUCAAAGAUAUAUUGAACCAUUUUUCCAAAUUUUAAGUGCGAAAUUAACAAGUGGUAUUGAUUAUGAUAUUGAAAAUGUUUUCAAUUUAUUAACUAUGUAUAGUUUAUCAAUGCAUGAUAUUCCAUUAUUUAGUGAAUGUUUAAAGGUUUCAAAUGAUAAAGAUUUAGGUAUUGAUACAAAACAAACAUUAAAAUUAUUUUUAGCAAAUUUAAUGACUAAACCAAUUGAAACUUUACAAAUUUGUGAAUUAGAAGGUCAAACAUUAAAUAUGAUUAAAUUAUGGUUUGAUACAAAGAUUGUUUCAGUAUUUGGUAUUAAGUUACAAAUCAUGGCGAUUUUAUCAAUUUUUAAAUUAGAACAAUUACCAAGUAGUAUUGAAGGAUUUAUUAAUAUUUUAAGUAAUAAAUUAGUUGAUUUAUUAGAAAUUUUACCAAGAGCUAUUCAAAAUCGUGAUACGGCCAAUAAUGAUGAAGCAAUGGGUAAUUUACUUCUUGAUAAUGAAGACUCUAAUAAUGAUGUUGAAGAUGAAGAUGAUUAUUUUGAUGAUAUUGAUGAUGAUCUCAAAGAAACAGAACUAGAUCAAAUUAAUGCAUUUGAAACAGUUCAUCAAGUUAUUCAAUCGUUACAGACACAUUCAGUUAAUAGAUAUCAACAAUUCAUUGAGUCAUUAGAUCCAAAGAAAAAACAAACACUACAAGUAAUUUUUGAAUUUGUAUCACAAUCAUCCAAAUAA